AAUAUCUUAUUUUUGAUUGAGACAAUUGAACAACUGUCUAGAAAAAUCCUACAGAUUAUACACAUAUAUUUUUGAUCAGCUUGGUUUUGUGUUGAGUGUAAUGAAAUUAAACUCAGUUCCGUAGUUUUUGGCUUACAGACGGUGUAUAGAGGAAACACAGAGUAGAAAUUGGCAAUAGAUCAAAUGGAUGAAGACGUGUCCAAGUACUUCGAGAGGAGCAACAAUGGCGCUGUGAUGCGUGUGCGCAAGGAGUCCGACAUGGCGCUGUGGUACAAAUCGCAAGCCUACCACGAGGUGAUCGCCUAUAUAAAUCGGACCGGCACAGCGAUUCAGGGCAUACAGCAGUUGGACACCGACGCCUAUCCGGUGAGCCCAACAAUUCGAAAGCUGUGCCGAUUGAUCGACGAGCUGAUCACUUGGCUGAGGGCCAUUAAGUUGAACACGGUGGAAGCGUAUCGCGCCUGGUCGCGCCAAAUGCUGCGCAACAUCUUCAAAAUGCUGGAGACGGCUCUGCCAGUCAGCAAGUGCGAGUUCAUUGGCGAGCUGGGCCAGUAUCUGGCCUGUUCGUUUGGCAAUUUCACGCGCGCCGACUACGGCACCGGGCACGAGCUGAGCUUUUUGUUCUUUCUCUGCGGCCUGUUCCAGGCCAAGAUACUCUGUGAGGACGAUGAGCCAGCGGCGGCAUUGAUGGUCUUUGCACGCUACCUGAAGUGCGUGCGCAACCUGCAAUUGCUGUUCGAACUGAAGCCGUCGGGCAAUCAGGGCGCCUACUCGCUGGACAAUUAUCAGUUUGUCGCCUAUAUGUGGGGCGCCGCUCAGCUGUGCUACGAUCCGCCAUUCAGCCCCAAAGAGCUGCUCGAUCGGACGACAAUUGACGAGUGGCAACAUCAAUAUCUAAUCGUUGGCUGUGUCGCCUUUGUGGCCAGCACCAAGCAGGGCAGCUUUGCCAUGCACUCGAAUCAGCUGUGGAGCAUUGCGACGCUGUCGUCGUGGACGCGCUUCUAUUCCGGGCUGCACAACAUGUAUCUGAAGGAGGUCAUCAGUCAGUUCCAUUUGCUUCGCGAAUUGUGGUUUGGUCAGCUGCUGCCCUUCGAGCCUGUGUCGCCAGCAACUCAGCUGCUGCGCGCUGAACUGGGCCAUCUCUCGUUGGCCAGGCAACGCUAUUUGCUUAGCAAACAAAAUAUCGAUGAGCAGGAGCAGGAGCAGCUGGAGCGGGAGCAGGAGCUGGAGCUGGAGUUGGAGCUGCAGCGGCGCCACCAACACCACCGCCACCAGCAGCAGCAGCAACUGCCGGAGGCGACUGCAGCGGCCACAAAACAGUUGCCACCAUCGAAUCUUGGCGCUUCGCACAGUGCUUUUAGCUCGGGCAUGACCGCCAGUUCCUUGAGCGGCACCAGCGUUCGCUUGCGUUCGCUGAGCAAAAGGUUUACCAAGCUGCAGAAGCAGCAUGCCAAGCGAAAGCCUAAUUUGCAAGUGUAGCUAAUGUGUGUGCAUGUGUGUGUGUGUGUGUGUGUGUGACAUGAAAUCAAAUCGAAUGAAUUGAAUUGAA